CUGGCCUUAGAGUAAAUCACCUCUUGAGGAAGCAUUUGAGUGGAAUCCUACCGAAAGCAAGAGUUUGGACUUUGAGAACGCAUUAAUCGGUUUUGAUUUUUGUAAACAUGGGUGCAAUAAGAUGUAUCAAGUAUUUGUUGUUCUCAUUUAACGUUGUUUUCUGGCUGGCUGGAAUGGGUGUGCUUGGUGUUGGUGUAUGGAUGUAUGUGGACCCUGGAACACUGAAUGAGUUCAUGGGAAAAUACUCCUUCAAAGUACCAUCGGCUAUUCUCAUGGGAGCUGGUGCCAUUGUUGCAAUAACUGGAUUCUGUGGCUGUGCUGGGGCAAUAAAGGAAAGCAAAUGUCUCCUUGGAAGUUUCUUCUUCAUGCUUUUGAUCAUCUUCUGUGCAGAAAUUGCUUGUGGUAUCCUAGGAUUCUUAUUCAGGGAUAAGAUUGAAACAGAAGUUGAAACACAAACAUUGGACAUUAUCAAAAACAAAUAUGGUAUAGGGGAUAUUGACUUGGAUCAUGCUGUAGAUAAAACCCAGGAAAAGUUUAAAUGCUGUGGUGCUAAUGGGCCUAGUGACUAUAGAGGAUCUAAAUGGGAGGCUAGAGAAGGACUGAUAGGUGUGAUAAAAGUCCCAAAGUCAUGCUGCAAAGUUGAUUCAAGUGCAUGUGUAUCAUCCAUUGUAUUAUCAAAUGCAUAUGAUAAGGGCUGCGUUGUUGAAAUAAAAAAAUAUGCAAAGGAUCAUAUGCUGAUAAUUGGGGGCAUUGCCAUUGGAGUUGGAGCAAUUCAGAUUCUUGGAAUGAUCUUCGCUCUGUGUCUGUUCUUCAGUAUUGACAACCAGUGAGGCAAAUGACGUAACUGCUAUCCAUAUCUGGUAUUUUAUUGUACUUUAAAUCGGUUUAUGGAGCUUUUCCAUCUGCAACAUCUACAGAAGUAAGCUUUAUAAAGUCUGUUUAAAUGACCACCCGAAUCUUUUAUGUAAUUCACUGACUUUGUGGUAUAGUAGAGGUAGAGUAGAGAGAAUUGAUUAUUUAGCUAUUUUAAAUCCCUCUUGUUUCAAAAGGACACUAAGAAAUUCUGAUAAAGUUCACGAUGCAAAUUGUUGUGCAUGCACCGUCCGAUGGGCAUGGGGUUGCUCAGGGAUUACAGUUCAGUUUCUGCUUAUAAUCAUAUAUAUAAUAAGUGUUUGCUUAUAAGUAUAGUUGAUUUCGUGUCAAAGUGGUUAAGGCAGAAACCGCUGCAAUUUUAUGACGGAGCAUGGUUGAUGCAAAGAGAUUUUGGAGGCCCAAAGAGGUUAUCGCACUAUAGGACCUCUGGGCCUAGAUUCCUUCAGUUUUCUGCGAAAGCUGGAACCCCUUUUAAGACUGGGUUGUAACUACUUUUAAAAAUUUCGUGUAAUUUGUACAUUUUAAUAACACCUUUUCGUAUUAUUGUUAUUUAACUAUGAUUUUUAUUUUUAUUAGAUCUUUAGUUGAUAUUGCACAGACUUCUCAUAGCUAUAAUGAAAACCUGGUACAUAAGUUAGGUGCAAUAAAUAAUGAUUAUCGUAAUAAUGAUAUAACUUAAUACGGACAGUUAUCAUAUAAUUAGUUUCGUUUGUUGGAUCAUAGCCUGGUUUUACAACCGCUUUAUUAGCAAUCAAAGUGAUUUUCUAGCACGUUUCUUUGCCAUAAACGACAUUUUCUACAAUAUCAAGCCCUUUCAUUAUACCUCUUGCUUUCUUAUUGUCACAAUACUAAGAAUUUCGGUGCACCAUAACCACGAUCCCAGUCCACCAAUUAGACUUUCCUUCCCAUCAUCCAGAUAGAAGAUGAUGUUAAACUUCGCUGUUUUGUCUAGUUAAAACAACAUACUCCACGCCGGUUUUCGUCUUCAAUUCCAUUACAGAAGUUGUCUUGAUAUGAGUCAGCUGUUUUGUCGAUUUUCAUGGCUGUUAGAAACGAAAACUUCCGUAUUUGAAUUUGAUACAGUUAAUUUGCACAAUGUUUUGGCCUUCUUAUGUUUUUUUAUCGACUUGUUGUUUACUUUGAUUCCUGUGUAUCAUUUGAUUACAACUUUUCAUUCUAAAGAUUAUCAUAUUGCAGUUUACUUAGAGUACUCGAAAA